CUUUCAAUCCUGUUCUCUCUUUCUUAUGUAGCUUCUCCCUAUAUAUAUACACUUUUGUCCAAAACAUAUUUAGGAAAUCAAGACAAGUAUCGAUCAUCAUCGAUCACCAGAGUGCGUAUUUGCCAAUAGCUAUAACAGAGCUAUUAGCAAUGGAUUCUAGUAGUGAUGAAGGAACAACGGUGAUGAUGAGGAGACCACGAUCAGAGAUUGACACCAGCGCUCCAUUCCGAUCAGUCAAAGAGGCUGUUAUGUUAUUUGGUGAGAGAGUUUUAGUUGGUGAAGUCUAUGCCAACAAACUCAAAGAGUUACAGGGUGCAGCUGCAACAAUUCACAGUGACAGCAUUAAUCAUGGCCCGUCUAAGCUUGGGACCGUAACCGCUGAGCUAGAAGAGACAAAGCAGAACCUCCAAAAAGCAAGAGAAGAGGGAAUGUUAAUGGCAAAUAGUCUUAAUUCGCUACAACAAGAACUGGAACAAACAAAAAAAGAACUUCAAAAAUUGAAAGUAAGAGAAAAUGAUUUCAUUGAGAAACAAUGGAUAGAAUCUGAGGAUAUCAAAGAUAUAAGGUUCAUCGAUAUUAAGCCAACAACAAAUGUCGAAGUCGAAAAAACACGAAGAAUUAAUGUUGAAGAACAAGAUGACGAGGAGUUUGAGCUGCAAAAGAAGAGAUAUGUAAAGUUUGCCAGUCCUCCGUCAUUGACUAGAGUCAUAAGCAGUCCUGGUGAAGCUGGUGAUGUACUAAAGAGAAGCCCGUCUUUGCAAAAGAAAAAGAAGAAGCCACUAAUCCCAUUAAUUGGUGGAAUGUUUUCUAAAAAGAAAACAAAUCAUCAACAAGCUGUCUAUCCAAAGAGUACAAAAGCUGUCUGAUUCCAUCUUGGAUUUGUUUGUACGUUUGUUUUGCGAGCAACUCUACAUAUGAAUUGAGGAUUUCACAAACAAAUAAGGGCCUCCUCGCAGACAUGGCAUUUCGUUGAUCUUGAACCGUUCAGUGGUUUAGUAAAACGUAUGCUAUGCAGUUGAUGAAUUUUCAAAAAACUUUUUUAUUGUUUUGAACUUUUGAUAUAGUUCAUUGUAAUUCUUGAAAUAAACUAUUAGGAGAGAUAUGCAAGUGAAAAUGUAAUUUUACAUGUUGGUUCCUUGGCCUCCAAUAUCGUUUAUAUAAGACUCUACUUAGCCCUCACUGUUAUAAAGCUAAUGAAAAAUUACUUAUUCACUUA